AUGUCAGCCCCACCUUUUGCCAUCAACCACCGCCUGUGCCUGGGGGUCUACACGGGCGCCUUCGCUUUGGGGCUGCCCCUCAACGUGGCAGCCCUGGUGGCCUUGGGGACGGUGGCCCGGCGCCGGCGCCUCCUGCCCGCCGACGUCCUUCUCCUCAACCUGACCGUUGCCGACCUAGCGCUGGUGGCCUCCUUGCCCGUCCGCAUGGCCGAGGCGGCGUGGGAGGCCACCUGGAAGCUUCCGCCGGCCCUCUGCCCGCUCUUCGUUUUCCUCUUCUUCACCAGCAUCUACCUCACCACGCUCUCCCUCACCGCUCUCAGUGUCGACCGCUACCUCGGCGCCGCCUUUCCCGUCCAAUACCGCCGGCGCCGACGGGCAACUCAUGCCGCCGUGGCCGCUGCCGGCUUCUGGGUGGCCUCUUUAGCUCACUGUAGCGUGGUUUACGUGGCCCAACCCAACGCGGCGGUCAACGGCACGGCGUGCUACACCCGUUUCGCCGCUCCUCAGCUGGCCACGCUGCUGGCUCUCCGCCUGGAGAUCUUUCUGGUGCUCUUCUGCCUACCCUUGGCCAUCACCGCCUUCUGUUACGGCCGCUUGGUCUGCAUCGUGGUCGCCCUCCCCACCACGGCGCCGGGUAGGAGGCGCCGAGCGGUGGCCCUGGCGUCGGCCACGGCCGUGGCCUUCGUUCUCUGCUUCGCCCCCUUCAACGUUUCCCACGUGGUGGGGUACCUACGGCGGGAGAAUCCACCUUGGAGAGCCUACGCCGUGCUGCUCACCACCCUCAGCACUUGCCUCGACCCUCUCAUCUUCUGCUUCUCCUCUGCCGCCCUACGACAGGGUCUCCGGCAGGUUUGGGCCACGGUGGGACUCGGCCAACUCCGCGCCAGGCGCCGGCUGCCGGUGGGACAAAGCGAGGGUCCGGCCGAGGUGACGGCGUAG